CCCGCGCCCCAGCCCAGCCCGAGGGCGCCAUGCGGGCCCCGCGCCCCGCCCCGGUGCUGCUGCUGCUGCUGCUGCUGUGGCCGCUGCUCGCCCCCCGCGCCGGGGCCGCCGUCAUCACCGGGGCUUGCGUGGACGACUUCCAGUGCGAUGGAGACACAUGCUGUGCCGUGAGCCUGUGGAUCAGGGGCCUUCGGCUGUGCACACCCAUGGGCCGGGCAGGGCACAGCUGCCACCCGCGCUCUCGGAAAAACCAUUUUGGAAAUGGAAGGCAGGAAAGAAGAAGGAGGAAGAGAAGAAAAAGGAAAAAGGAGGUUCCAUUUUUUGGGCAGAGGCUGCUUCACACGUGUCCGUGCAUGCCUGGCCUAGCCUGCUCACGAGCUGCAGUCAACCGAUUUGUUUGUUCCCGAAAGUAAUCGCGUUAGAGUAGAAGCUCGAAAUGUGAGUGGCCACACGAUGCCUGUAACACCGAUCCUGGCUCCUGUGCCAGACAGAACCUAGUGCUUCCGCCGCCUCCGAGUGACGUUGCCAGCUUUGAUUUUUAAGUGACCUCUUUUUAUGGAAAACAUUUAGUUUGGGGUACAAAUGUAACGUUCAAGGCAUUGUGGAACUGCUUCUAAUUUCCCAGUUUGUUUUAGGUUUGGCUUUUUUUAAUGCCAAUAAUUCACCCAUUUUCACAAAAAGCGAGGACAAUAAGAAUUUGAUAUUUUGUUAUAGACUCCUCUUUUUUCUUAAACCCUUCUCCUCCCAUCCCUGCCCCACACAUAUCCUCGCUCACCCUUUGCUCUCUCGCUCCUCAAGAAUGUUAAGGACCUCACUUUGUUCUUUGUCAUUCGCCUCCCCGUGCUCGUGGCAUUUUAACAUACAUGUGUGGUGGGGAGGGGUGUCCAUGUCACCCGUUUGCGGUGGAGUCACUGAGGAAAA